AUGCAUCUCCUCCUAACGUCCCUCCUAGCCCUAACCAGCCUGCAGCUGGCAACCGCCACCGGAUCAGCCCGGGUCACCCAAGCCCCCGCAAUCCCCAAAGUAUUCCGCCGCCAGGAUUACAUCUGCCCGACAGGCGAGAACACCGUGUGCGCCGACGGGUUCGGCUGCUGCGAGCGCGGCGCCCCCUGCACCACCAUCCGCGGCGAGGCAGCCUGCGACACGGGCGAAUGCAACGGUCUCCCCUGCGGCCACGCGGGGCUCUGCUGUGAUGCCACCUGUACUUCCUCGCGUGGCACGGCUAUCUGUGUGCAUGGUAGCGAGAGUACCACGACUGAUGAUUACGCCCAUUCAACCGUCUCUACGGGACUUGGUGAUUGGGAUGUCACUACUACCUCUAUGCCAAGCCCUACGAAAUUAGAUCCGGAUUCUGACAUUGACGCUGGCGGGGAGUCUAUCACGUCUACUUCGGAUGAGACCAGCGAGCGUCCUACUCGUCCUACGUAUACUGCGACUUCGUCUGGGAGUGACAAUGGCGAUGAUAGUGGCAGUGGUAGUGGUAGUGGCAGCGAUACAAUGACAACACCUACACUGACGCAGACUGUUCUGCCCAACGGCGAGCCUUUCCCUACCCCUUCGAACGACGAUACUGGGGGCCGAAGUGGUGGGGGUAGUGGCGAUGGGGGUGGUGCAGGGAUGGUUUCGCCGCAGGCGUUUGUUGUUUUAGGGCUGGUGCUUGUUGGUGGAUUGUUUUUGGUUCGAUAG